AUGCCAUCUGGAAGAAUUGUCAAGUUCCAGGCCUCACAGCUGCAGGCGGUGGAUGGGCCGGUCAAAUGGCCCCGCAAACCUACUACGGAGCAGAGAUUCUAUGACUACGCCUUUGAAGAGUUCGAUCCGACUAACUCGACGAGUUUCAAGAACUGGGUGUUACUGGACGUGGUGACCAAUUACGCCAAGGCACAUGGCUCGACGGCAUCCAAGCACCAUACCGAAUUUGACUCCAACAGUCCCCGCGGCCAUGCCAUGGAGUUGACCAAACCGAUGACGCCGGCUGUCUACCAGCGCUACCGCAACAUUACCGCGAUGGUGGGGCCCAGUUUCCAAAAUAUCCAACGUCUACAGCGCAUCGAGGGCUCGACAAAUUACGACGAAGCUGCCAGAUUCGUCAUAGAUCCUACGGACAUUCAGUCGAGAUUGUUGCCCGUCAUCCAUCCAGAAACCAAGAAACCGUGGUGCCGGAAGCGUGACAAUGGUGAGGACUCUGCGCAGUGUACCGACACCGUGAACUUUACCGAGCCGGACGUUUUUCUCUGGGUAGACCUCACUUAUCCUCUACGGGGCAUCUACAUUCCCAUCAAAGAGGCGAAAAAUGGCAACUGUUGCAAGUAUGCCUACUUCAACUUUACCGAGGCCGAUUACCAGUUGAAGACAUACGACUAUGAUCCCGAUCACGAGCCUAAGUCAGAUCCAGCAUUCGUGACGACUGAGCCCGACCUUCCCGAAAGCGAAAGUGACCGACAGAAGACCGACCCAAAUACGCGGGAGACCGGAUGGUGGGAGGGCGAUAUGACUCUGAGCCGGGAUGCCAAUCUGGGAUGGGGCAUCAACGCCAAAUGGACCGCCCGGUUCAAUGUAAAGGCGCUGAAAGACGAAGCGAAGAAAGGUCGCUCCGGGGAUGCCACCGAGCACAUCAAGCUGUUCGACAGCAAAGGAAUCCUGAUGCGAUGGGCCGGCAAACUGGAUAUCCGAAUGGAAAAAGUCUAUAAAGAUCCCACCGUCCACAAUAUGAACGACGAUCAAGUCAUUAAACUCAAGCCGGCCGCUACUUUGCCUAUCAUCAAUCAGAGGUCUGACUCUGACUCUGACUCUGACUCUGACUCUGACUCUGGCCGUGGUUCUGGCCGUGGUUCUGGCCGUGGCUCUGGCCGUGGCUCUGGCCGUGGCUCUGGCCGUGGCUCUGGCCGUGGCUCUGGCCGUGGCUCUGGUGGCUCUGGCCGUGGCUCUGGUGGCUCUGGCCGUGGCUCUGGCCGUGGCUCUGGCCGUGGCUCUCGCCGUGGCUCUAGUCCUGACUGA